AUGAUUAGGAGCUGUCACUUAUCUGUAGUUGGACAAGAAGGCGACAAAGAGGAUGGGAAAAAAGUUUCCGUCGAGGAUGGAGCAAAAAACGUGAAAGAGACUCAAGAAAAGGUCUUUGCUAAGAAUGAACAAGACAAAAAAGAAAUCGGAGUUCAAGUUUCCGCUAAGAUAGAUGGAGAAGAAGGUGAAAUUGCCGAGAAGGAAGUUUCCGCUAAGGAUGGAGAUUUAGGCGGAGAAAAGGAUGGAGAUAAAGCUUUCGCCGAGCAUGAAAAAGCAGAUAUAGAAGAGAAGGUCUCCACCGAAGAUGGAGAUGAAGGAGAAAAAGAGGUCGUUGAAAUUGUUGCUGCUAAGGAUAGCGAAAAAGGUGAGAAGGAGAUUGGAGAAAGUGUUCCUGCUAAGGAUGGAGAGGGAGACGGAGAAGAGCCCGCAGAAAAUGUUUCCACUAAAAAUGGCAAAGAAGGGGAAAAACUGAUCGCACAGAAAGUCGCUAAAGAUGGAGAAGAAAACGGUGAGGAGAAUGAAGAUGAGGUUUUCGUCAAGGAUGAGGGAGAGGGAGAGAAAGAGGUCGUGGAAGGUGUUGCGGUCAAGGAUGACAAAGAAGGCGAAAAAGCUACCGCAGACAGUGUCGCUAAGGAUGUAGAGGAAGGCGGAGAAGGUAAUGGAGAUAAAAUUCCCACCAAAGAAGGGGAAGAAGAAGCGGAAGAGGUCGUAGAAGUUGUUCUCGCUAAGAUUGUAGAAAGAAAAGAUGAAAAAGUUCUCGAGAGGAACAUUUCCGCCGAGGAUGGAGAAAAAGACGGAGAGGAGAAUGGAGAUGAAGAUCCUGCUAAAGUUGGAGGAGAUGGUGCAAAAGUGACUCCAGUAGAUGUCGUUAAGAAUGGUGAAGAAGGCGAAGAAGAGAACAUCGAAUAUACUCCCACCAAGAAUGGAAAGGAAGGCGAAAAAGGGAUGGGUGACUAUAUUUUUGUUAAGGAUGAAAAAGCCGAGGGAGCAACCGGAGAGCAUAUUUUCGAGGAGCAUGAAGAAGACGAUGAAAAUAUGUUGGGAGAUUAUGUUCUCGGUAAGGAUAUAUUUAGAAAAUGUUGGAAAGCUACCAAAGAUAAUGUUUUCUUUAAGAACAAUUGCGAGAUGAAUCCGAAUUCUAAGGAGAACGACGGGAUAUAUAGUGAGUGA